AUGAGUGGUGGUGUCAUCAGUGAAGAAGACUUUAAUUUGUUGCAAGAACAAUUGAUAGAGUUGAAGAGAUAUAAGUAUGAAGCAACUGAAAGAGAGAAAAAGUUACAAACUGAACAAUAUUUGCUAAUCUUAAUAACAGAAUUAAAAAGUCAGAAAGAUCAUAUUGAAUCACUCGAAAAUGAAAAUACACCCAAGAAAAAAGGUUUUUCAUUGUCGGGAAUCAUGUCCCAAAAGAACAAGGUUUCAGACUUGACCGAGGAGAACGAUUCUUUGAAAAAGUCAUUACAACAAAUUCAACAAGAUCAUCAAACUCAAAGUGAAGCAUUGAAACAUAAUAUUAAAAGUUUAUUUGAAACGAAUAAACAGUUGGAAGAUGAAAUUCUCUUGUUGAAGAAGGAGAUGCAAUCCUAUGUGAUAAAGGUGGAGGAUCAACAAUCUACGAACCGUAGGCUGCAAGUGGAGAUUGCAGAGUUGAUCUGUUCAAAGGAGGACUUGGAGAAUAAGGUAGAGGAACUAAAGACAAGUGGUGGUGGUGCUGGUGUUGGUGUCGGUGGUUCGGAUGGUCAUAUGAUCAUCGGAGAGAACGGUGCUGACAACACAACCGUUGCAACAACACUCGAAGCGAAUGGUGCUUUAACUGCUGUCACCGAGUUGAUUACUCAACAUCAGCAAUCGAAUCAACAGUUAUUCGACAAACAAAACAUAAUGAAUCUAUUGGAUAACGUUGAUCUUUGGUCUAUUGAAGAUAAGGAAGAUAUAAAGUCAAAGAUUGAUGAGAUUUAUAAUGAGAUUCAUUUGAAGUUGGAUGAACAGCAACAACAGGUACAAGAACAACAACAGCUUCUACAAGUUCAACAACAACAGCAACAAGCACAAGUACAACAACAAGUACAACAGCAACAACAACAAAAGAAUAAAUCAGUUGUUUUCCAUCCACUUGGAGAACCUGUUGUAAAUGUUGAAGAGGAGAAAGAAAAGUCAAAGUUGAGAGAGACAAUCAAGGGAUUGAUGGAGCAGAUCAAAGAGAUCGAUUCGAAAUCACAGAGACAACAGAAUGAAAGUAAGGAGUAUCAGCAAAGUAUUGAAACUUUGAAUACAACCAUCAAGGAGUAUCAAGAGAAACUGCUUGGUGCAGAAGUCAAUCGUGUAAAGAUCGAAGAGAAACUAGCUAGUGACAUUAAAAAGUUGACUGUUGAUAUCAACACUCUCAACUCUGAUAUCGAAACAAUGUCAAACAAGAGAAAGGAUCUUGAGAAUACCAUAUCAAAUCUCAACUCUCAAGUAAUGAUGGAGAAAGAGACAAUCAAUCAACUUCAAAAUCAAUUAAAAGAUCAAAAGACAUUCUAUGAAUCAAAGGUAUCGGAUUCCAAUGAUCAAUCGAAUAUCUUUAAGAUGGCAAGAGAUGAAUAUGCUCAGACUUUGAGAACGGUAACGGAUGAUCUCGCCAUCAAGGACAAGUUGAUAGAGUCAAAGGGUGAGGAGAUUCUUCAGCUGAAGGAAACUAUUGCCGGUUUGGAAUCGGAUUUGGAGAAACGUUCAAGCGAACUCAGAGAAACACUCUCGGCAUCAGAGUCAAUCAACACUCAAAUGAAGAAAGCAGAUGAAAAGCUAUCGCGUGAGAGAAGCACACUCGAUUCACUCACAGAGCGUUACAAUAAGUUGAAUUCAGAGUUUGAGGAAUCCGACAAACAUUGCAAGAGUCUGACACAGCAAAUCGUGGAAACCAAUGAGAAACUUCAGCUGGCAGAGCAAGCCAAACAGGAUUUGCAAUCGACAAACACAAAGCUCAAUGAAGACACUGCGAAACUACAGAGCGAUCUUCAAGAGCGUGUCGAGCAACUCGAGAAACUAGAGUCGUCGUUGGACGAUGCCAAUAAGCGAUUGGCAGAGUUUGACGAGUUGAACCAGACCUACAAUGAAGCGAGAGAGCAGAUCGAAGAGCUCGAGGCAUCCAAUGCCAAUCUUCAGCUAAUUGUACCACAGCUCGAUAAGCUGAAAGCAGACUACGAGGAGGCAUCCGCUAAAGUUUCCAAGCUAGAGACUGCAUUGGCAGAUGCAGAGACUGAAAAGAAAAUAGCUGAAAAGAAAACAAAUAAGAUGAUUAAAGAUUUGAAAUCUGAAUUAUCAAAGGAGAGAACCUCUGUAAAUCUAUUAUCACAAUCAUCUGGCAGUAUUCCAACCACUCCAAAUUCUUCACCACUCAUGUCGCAGUCGGCCAAUAGUAUUUCACUGCCGACUACACCACUGCAGACACCAGGCAGAACCGGACAUCUCCGUACAAUGUCACAGGGUAUUCCACUGUCCAGUUCGUCUGGACAGUCGACACCCAAGUCACUUACACCCAAUAUUACAAUGCUUGGUGCCAGCCACAACAGCAGUGGCGGAAGAGAUCUCAACGGCAGUGGAAGCAAUAGCGGCGCUACCAGAUCCAAUAACAACAAGGAUGCAAGUAUCGACUCGCUAAGAAUGGAUAUCGAGGUGAUGGGAAGAAAGCUGGGUGAACUUGGCACAGAGAAAUAUAAGCUCGAGGAAAAGAUUAGAGCCCUCGAGGAGAAUGUACUUUUAUUGAAUCAGGAUAUCGAAAAGAAGAAUAAGGUGGUUCGUUUUUACAUUUCAAAGACACAGCUAGGCAAGGCUACCACCAAUGACGAGAAAUCCAGACGUUUGAAAGGAGGUGCUCUCGGUUCUUUCUGGCGAAACAACGAUCCUACGCUUGUUGCUGAAAUGGUAGAGAAAAUGGAAACCAUGUUACAAGAAUACAUUUUAAAGAAUAUACAAUUAUCAGAUGAUGUAGAGAUAUUAGGAAAUGAAGCAAGUAGAUUGACAUCUGAGAACAAGACAAUCAAAAUUUUAUUAAAAGAUAACAAUAUCCCUAUUCCUGAACCUCCACUAUCACCAACAUAUCAGGCAUCAAACACAAUAGAAAACAAUAUAAAUACAAUAGAAAUCAAAUGCAAAUAUUAUCAAAGAUGUUUAUCUGAGGAAAAAGAUAUUUGGAGAGAAAGACAAAAGUAUUUCACUUGGUCUACUCUCUAUAAAUCACCUAGAACGAUGGUUUAUUUUGGAUUUUAUGAUAUGUUGGUUGGAACCGAUCGUUUGCUAUUGAAACAUCACUUGCGUUUAAAGAAUGAGAAACAAGGCUACUUUACUAGUAUUGCUGCAAGUCAAGGUCAUACCAAUAUCUUAAAGUUACUAUAUAGUUUAACAACGAGUGAUACAUUCGAUUUCGUAUUUGAUGGCAAUGAAAUAGUGUGUGCUGCUCGUUGUGGUCAUUUCGAUUGUGUUGUUUAUCUAUACCAGAAUGCAAAGCAACUGAAGCAAUGUGGAGCUAUGGUGGAGGCGUUGUUAAGUGCUGCAAGCAGCGGACAUAUAGAGAUACUUCAAUAUCUCUUACCAAGAUUGGUGUCAAACGGUCAAUGUGGAAAAUAUAAUGAUUCUUUGGUGGAAAUUGCAAUUGUAGACAAUGAUAAUCAGAUCGUAAAGAAAAGGAAGAAUGGUCAUAUCAUCAAUAGGAGUGAAGUUGAUCCAUCUAUCUAUUUAUCACUUAUGGAAGCUGCAUCAAAAGGUGGACAUCUUGACCUUCUGAUCUGGUUGGCAAAAGACAGAGAGUCCGAUGUCAAAAGCAAUGGAAAUAGCUUGUCGAUAGCCGCUGCAACAAAGGGGCACCUGAGAAUAUUGGAGUGGUUGCAUUCCAUUGGAGUGAACAAGUGUAGUUCAUCUGCAUUGUAUGGUGCAGCAAUGGAGGGUCACCUGGAGGUGAUAAAAUGGUUGUUUGACAACGAUGCGCUAAGCAAUCAGCCAAAGAUAAGUAACGCAGUCUCUCAAGCUUUGUGGAACGAACACAAUCAUAUCGCAGAUUGGUUGCUUGCAAAUAAAAAAUUGGAUAUCAUCUCGAGUGGUCUAUUAGAGUCUUUGGCCAAGGAUGGCAAACUGGAACAAUUAAAGCGGUUGGUGGGAGUUGAUUAUUUUACGUUGACCGCUAAAGCGUUGAAUCAAGCUGCUAUGAAUGGGAAUAUCAACACGGUCAAGUGGUUGAAUGAGGUGAUGGUGUGUCCGAUAUCUGCCAGCGCCAUAGAUCGCGCAGCCAAGAAUGGACACUUGAAUGUUAUAGAGUAUUUGGUGAAGAGUGGAAAAGAUAAGUGCACUAGUCUUGCUCUCACUGACGCAGCGCACAACGGACACUUUGAAACAGUGAAGUUCCUACACGAGCAACUACACUGCACUACCAAUAUUAAAAAGGCUUUUGAAGCAGCGGCAUCAGCUGGCCAUUUGAAAAUCAUUGUUUAUUUCACAGUGGAAAAGAAACUCCAUACCGAUUGGCAAUUUGUUAUUCGUGUAGCAGUCAAAGCUGGAUAUGUAGAUGUAGUAGAGUAUAUUAGCAAUAACAAUCUGAUAGAGUUUAGCCAAUGUAUGCACGACAAAGCUGCAAAACACGGACAGUUGCCAAUGGUAAAGUGGUUACAUCAUCACAAAGGAUCGAUAGGAUUCUCAAAGAAAGCUAUUAAUCUGGCUGCUGCCAAUCGUCACUAUGACAUUGUGCGAUUCCUAUGUGAGAAUCGUACGGAAGGAUUCUCAGCAGAGGCAAUCUGUUAUGUUUGUGGACAAGGCUCGAUCGAGAUGUUGGAAUAUCUCAUGCCAAGACUUGAGGAUCCAAAAGAACUACGACCCAAUAAUCCAUUUGAUUUCGCGUGUAUCAAAGGUCACCUGGAUGUCGUCGAACGGUUGUUCCAAUAUGGAGAUCUAAUUGAAUGUUCAGCAACUGCUGUCGAUACCAGCUCGAUCGCUGGACACUUCAAAAUACUUAUGUAUUUAAUGGAGCAACGCAAUAUCCAAGGAACUACCGAUGCUUUGGAUUUUGCAGCUUCCAAUGGAUACAAAGAAAUCGUAGAAUAUCUUCAUAAUCAUAAGGCAGCAUGCACAAAAUCUGCACUAAAAAAAGCUGCUAAAAACAAUCACUUUGCUGUUGUACAAUUUCUUUGUGAGAACAGAACCGAAGUAGGAAAAACAUUUUCUACAUUAAAAUUUUCAGAGGAUCCAAUUACUUUAUCAAAUUUUAUGUUAUAUACUAUAGUACCAAUCAUGGGUCUUGGAUUAUUUUUUAAACUUAAAAAUAACAAUAAUGUUCAAAAGAAAAGAGUGGUAAUCGUUGGAGGUGGUUAUGGUGGAGUUAUCUUGGCUGGACAGUUGGACAAGAAAUAUGACGUGGUUAUGAUAGAGAGAAACAAGUCCUUCUUUCAUUACAUCUCAGCAAUGCGAUGCACAACCAAUCCUGAACUAUCAAAGAAAUGUUUCUUUGAAUACGAUAAAGUAAUGAAGCACGGAAAGAUCAUUCAUGCAAGUGUUACAAAAGUACAACCCGAUCGUGUUACUAUCGAGAAUGGAGAUGAAUUCAAUUUUGAUUACAUGGUUAUUGCAACUGGUGCAAACAAUAUCACCCCAUUCAAAGCACCCUCAGAUUCAUCCAACAUCUACCAAUAUUAUCAGGGUCUCAAAGACAAGAUUCAGCAGAGCAAAAAGAUUCUAAUCAUUGGUGGAGGUGCAGUUGGUGUCGAGCUAGCAGCAGAGAUAGCAACCGAUUUCAAAGAAAAACAGAUAACAUUGGUCAGUCGUUCCAACUAUCUUAUCUCACCACAAUCCACAGAGGUAUUCAUGACCAAACUCCAAGAUAAACUAAAACAGUUGAACAUCAACGUCUUGUUGAAUACCACCAUUGACACACCCGACGACAUUUUGGAGGCCAGAAGAAAGCAAGAAAUCUUUGACUACCAAGUUAAAAGACAAGUUUAUCAAUCGAAUUCUGGUGAAAUAGAGGCAGAUCUUGUAUUUUGGGCAAUUGGAAACAAACUAAACAAUGAGUUGCUCAAUGAGUUCCCUCUCGAUUCCAAGGGCUACCUAAGAGUGAAUAAGCAUCUUCAGAUCGAAGGUUUUGAUAAUAUCUUUGGUAUUGGCGACAUUACUAAUAUUCAAGAAAGAAGAACCGUAAGAAACACUAUGAAUCAAUCGGCUACAAUUAUCAAAAAUAUCGAUGCACUUUCCAACAAUAAUAAGACCCUUCAUGAGUACAAGCCUACUGCAUUCUCGGUAGCUCUGGUACUAGGCAGAAACGAAGGUAUUGCUAUGUUUCCAAAUGGUUGGUUUUUACCUGAUUGGCUCUGUAGAAUGCUAAGCAAGGGUGGUAUGGGUAUCAACACAACAAUCAAACUAUUGGGAAAGCCUGCAAAUGCCAGUAUUGGAAAUUAA